AUGCUGUAUCUGCGGUCAUUAGUAGCAACAGCCGUUCUCAUCUCUACGUCCCUUGCAUCGCCUACCGCAUCACCGUCUAGCUUGACAUGGAAGGACGACCACGCUAACUUCGCGGAUUCCAGGCGCAGCCUUCUCAUAGACGACGAAGCUAUCUCCAAGCGACAGAUCUCACCAUCGACGUGGAAUCCGCCGUCCAACCUCGUCACACCCCUUCAACAGGUUUGGGACCACGAGACCCAGACCUAUAACAUGAACUUCCAAAACUUUGGCUUCGACCAGCUCAUCGCAGCCAACGGGAAUAUCAACAUCUGCGUCCGGUGGGAGUCGUCCACCGCCGUUACGAGGGCGCAGCGCGAUGCUGUCGAGGUCGCGUACAGGCGUUCGUAUCUGAAGUGGAUGAACUGGCUUUAUGGGUUCGAUGGGUUCCCGUAUUCAUCGGUUAAUGUUAAAGUGGUUGGGUGGGCUGUGACACAGUCGAGCUUGCUCCAGGGCGAUACAUCGAACAUUGACGUGUAUACCGGCACCGAUUCCGAAGGUGCGCCUCAGUGCGCCCCAGCGUGUGGUCGCUUCUUCCACCAGGACAAUAACUACAAUCAAUGCCCCGGAGGAGCCGCUCGUCACUACGACCAUUCGCUUUGGCUGACAGACGGCUUUGGCGGAGGGGCCGGAGGAGAUUGGGGCCAACGUAUUGGACGCGAGUAUUUCAUGGGUGCAAUCAACACCGAAAACAUCCAUAUCUUGCUUCAUGAGAUGGGACACACAUAUGCUUUGGACGACUUCUAUGAUUGGACGCCGUCGGGUGUCGGCGGUUUCAUCAUGCAGGCCGGCAGCGCAACGCAGAUCACCGACUUUGACGGAUGGAUGCUGCGCGACUGGUGGCGCCAUCUCAAGACGCGCUACAACCUUUCGUCUCCGCAACCCACAAUCACCUCGACCAGCCGGACCUCGACCGUUCCGACACCAACGCGCACCAGUACCACGACGGCUCCGACUUCUGGGUCGGGAUCUCCACUCUAUGGACAAUGCGGUGGGAUCGGGUGGACCGGCCCUACGACGUGCGCGCAGGGUACUUGCAAGGUUGCCAAUGAUUAUUACAGCCAAUGCGUACCCUAA